AUGAAGGAUGAACAUAAUAUUAAAUUCACUGCUCAAGAUUUAUAUGACAAGAAAGCAGACAAAACAGAGCUUCAAACAUUAAAGACAGAAAUGCUUCAAACAUUAUAUCCUAUAGGCUCUAUUUAUACGUCAAUGAACUCAACAAAUCCAGAAACAGUUCUGGGUUUUGGAACUUGGACUCAAAUAGUCGACAGGUUUUUGUAUUGUGCAAACUCUUCAAAGGAAACAGGGGGAAGUAAAACGAUUUCAGGUGAAAAUUUACCUGCACAUAGUCACUACAUAGAUUUAAGUACAUCUCAAGCAGGUUGGCAUAAGCAUAAUUUUUGGGAUUGGUCAGCAAUGAAAAAAGGUAAAGGAUAUGAUGUUAAAGACGACGUUCAGUUUGCUAUAAAUUGUUUCUGGGGUAACACUCAGGGAGAUGGAAACCAUACACAUCGCGUUUCGGGAUAUACACAAACAACGGGACAAAGUAAAGACUACAUGCCACCUUACAUGACAGUUUACGCAUGGUAUAGAAAUGCUUAG